AUGGUCGUUCUCGCGGCGUCAAUCUGCACCCGCGGGGGGAAAGCUGUCCUUUCCCGCCAGUUUCGAGAGAUGCCACGGUCGCGGAUAGAAGCCCUCCUCGCCUCGUUCCCAAAGCUGGCCGACAGCGGCACCCAGCACACUACCGUUGAGCAGGACAAUGUUCGAUUUGUCUACCAGCCGCUUGACGAGCUCUACAUGGUGCUCAUCACCAACAAGCAGUCCAACAUUCUCCAGGACAUCGACUCCCUGCACCUGUUCGCUCAGGUCGUUACCAGCGCAUGCCGAACUCUUGAUGAGAGAGAGAUUGUCCGAAAUGCCUACGAACUUCUCAGUGCCUUUGAUGAGCUGGUUACGCUUGGGUACCGGGAAAACCUCACCAUAAGCCAGAUAAAGACCUUUUUAGAAAUGGAAAGUCAUGAAGAGCGCAUCCAGGAGAUCAUUGCCAGAAACAAAGAGCUUGAGGCUGCCGAAGAGCGAAAGCGAAAGGCCAAGCAACUUGAGAUGCAGCGCAAGGAGUCUGCCAGGGGUAACCGGGGAAUGCCACGAACUCCAGUUUAUCCAACCUACACUCCUCCUUCAAGACCUAGCGGUGCCGAUUCGUACGAUUCAUAUGAGGCUGAAAAGAACAAGACGUUUAACAAGCCCCUCGCACCAAAAGGAAAGGGCAUGCAGCUGGGCAAAAAGUCCAAAACCACGGACAUGUUUGAGCGAGUUCGCGGCGACAUGGGCGGCGAAAUCGAUGACACUCCCCUGGUAGCUCCCACGGCGGCUGCUGCUACCGAACCCGUCGAACCCCGGGUCUCAUCGACUCUUGACCGCGAUGCUGUCCAUGUUACCAUCUCCGAGUCAAUUAGCGCCAACCUCUCUAGGGAAGGUGCUGUCAACACCUUGUCCAUUAGCGGCGACCUUUCUCUUCGCAUCUCCGAUCCCAGCCUCACCAGGGUUAAACUUGGCCUGCAGGCCGUCACAUCUCACGGCGCACAAUUCCGUACACAUCCCAAUGUGGACAAGAAUUUAUUCAAUGGGUCCAAGACGAUUCAAAUGAGCAACACAGCACGUGGGUUCCCUGUCAACAACUCAGUUGCUGUCUUGCGAUGGAGAGCCUCGCCAAAGGCGGACGACGCCAGCUCCUGCCCCAUCACCUUUACUGUGUGGAUUAACGACAAUGGUGGCAAAUACAAUGUCACAGUCGAGUAUGAGCUUACCGGCGGCGAUGCGCUGAGAGAUGUCAGCGUUGUCAUACCCUAUUCAGGAAGCGAGCCUGUCGUGUCUAGCUUUGAUGCGGCGUAUGAGGUCUCUGGAGACAUGUUGGAAUGGAACAUUGGCUCAGUUGACGACGAGAACCCCAACGGUGCUUUCGAAUUCGAGGCUGAGAGCAGUGAUGAGAACGAUUUCUUCCCCAUGGCUGUGAGGUUCAGCAAGACGACACCAUACAUAGAUGUUGAUGUAAAGAAGGUGUCCCUGUUGGAUGAGGAUGAGGAGAUUACAUUCUCGAAAGAGGUGAAGUCCACCGCAGACAACUACUCUGUUGAGUAG